CAAACUAGCUUCUUGCCAUAAAUCCCAUGCCUACAGGAUGCUUCUAGGGGACAGCUCUGUCAUUCUUUAGCCCUUUACAGGGAAAUAAAUCCCCCAUCAAAGGCCUCUUGAGAUGAGCUAGAACAGCACUGGAUUUUUUUCUAGCUGGAUUUAACUUACUACAAUGAAGAUACUAGUUUUAACUGGAUUGUUCUCUCUUACCUCAAGUCUUUUCACAGCAGCUUCAGAAUCUUCCCUUAAUACCUCUGCAAUUCAAACUGUCUCUCUUAUCAAGACUUUUCGUGGCAUUUCUGCAAGAGACUAUGAUUAUAUUCCCCCUUAUGCUAUAGAAGGGGAGACAACGACUGUUCGUAUCAGAGAGCGCAAGUGCUCUUCAAAAAAGCCAAAUGACUCAACUUUAACAGAAGUUAACAACACAACGCUGGAGUACCUGACCAGUUCUCUAAGCACCAAGCUAAUACCUGCUGUCUACCUCAGCGCUGUUCUACUAGGUGUGCCAUCUAAUGCCAUUAUUCUGUGGAUGCUGCUCUUCCGAAUUCGAUCCGUGUGUACUGCCAUCCUCUACACAAACUUAGCUGUUUCGGACCUGCUGUUCUGCAUCAUGUUGCCAUUCAAAAUAGCCUAUCACCUCAAUGGAAACAACUGGAUUUUUGGCGAAAUGAUGUGUCGAACUACAACUGCCGUGUUUUACGGCAACAUGUACUGCUCCAUUCUGCUGCUCACGUGCAUCAGCGUCAGCCGGUACGUGGCCAUUGUCCACCCCUUCACCUACAAGAGCCUGCCCAAGCGCACCUACGCUACCGCUGUCUGCGCUACCGUGUGGACCAUCGUCUUCCUGUACAUGCUUCCGCUUUGCAUCAUGAAGCAGAGCUAUUAUGUGAAACAACUGGGCAUUUUCACCUGUCACGAUGUGCACAACGCCUGUGAAACUGUAUCAGCCUUCCAGUUCUACUACUACAUUUCUUUAGCUAUCUUUGGAUUUUUAAUACCUCUUGUAACUAUCAUUUUCUGCUACAUCGCGAUCAUACAAACACUUAAGACUCAUGAAUGGUUCUGGUAUGUUAAAGUAAGUCUUUUGAUCCUGACGAUCUUUGCUAUUUGCUUUGUACCAAGCAACAUCAUCCUUAUUGUCCAUCAUAUCAGCUACUACUAUUACAACACAGAUGGGUUGUAUUCUUUUUAUCUAAUUGCCUUGUGCCUUAGCAGCUUAAACAGUUGCCUUGAUCCUUUCCUUUACUUUCUGAUGUCCAAAAUCAGAAGUCAAUCCAAUAUCUAUCUAACAAUGGUUAAAGUAUCCAGGGAAAAAUGAAUUUAGUUCUGUAUUUAUUAUUGUUGGCAUUAUGAUUUUGUAUAGUGUUAACCCCAGUAGCAAUAAACUGCAGGUGCAACAGCUGGACAAAUAAAAGUAUUUUAAA